UAAAUUAGUUCCAAAAACCUAAUUGAAAGGCGUUAUUGCAAACGGUGACACGAAACGCGAGCGUGGGUUUUUUCAAAGUUUCAAGCGUCUCUCCGUUUCGUUCCACUGAUAUUUGCACCGACCCACGGAAAGCAAAUAUUUAUAAUUAUUCGAGUGGAUUGAAAAAUCCGAAGGUACAAACUGCUCAAAUCUCUUCUUCUAGAUUAAAAUUUCACGCAGCUUUCCAGACGCAAAUGCUAUAACGAGCCGCAUUAAUUUCAACAGUAACACAUAACCCUAUUGACGAUCAUCGUAGAGUGAUUCAUGAGUAACUAUCCGUGGGUUGAUUCAUCGCGAAACAUAACUCAGGCACUAACGUUUCAUUUCGUAAAACAGCAGCAUAUCACUGGCAGAGUCCUAUAGUUAAUUACACGGAACGUAACCAACGACACGUUAUAUUUUAGUCGUUCUAAGCAUUAGUAUGGCAAAUAUUACCACGCUUCUAGCUGUGCUUUUAGCAACGAUCGCAGGAUGCGCAGCAAUCCGUUGCUAUCAGUGCAGUUCUUCUCAGGAUCCUAAAAAUGAGGACAACUGUGGCGCGUACGAAGAAUUUGACAAGCAGCGAAAUGUGCCGAUCGAAUGCAACAGUGAAGACUCUCACAUGCCAGGAUCGUUCUGCGUCAAAAAGACGCAACAGGGAUCCAAAGGGUUCGUUUGGGAUGGAAGAUGGCGUCAAGUCAUACGGCAGUGCGAAUCUGUAUCAAGUUCUGGCAUGAUGGAUGUCUGCAAUUGGGGCGUGGACGAGAAUUUGAUAUAUUGGGAGGAGUGUUACUGUUCUAGCGAUGGAUGUAACGGAGCAUCGGAUCUUAAACCCCUGACCAUUUCAGUAUUUACAACGAUUUUUCUUGCCCUUCUAUUUCUUUCUAAAUAAGAUACAUCCGACAAUUAUUAUAAUGGUGAUAUAUACCAGCGAUUCCGUACGUUUAUAGUUUAAUACACUAGUUUAAUAAGUCGAAAAAGAACUGAAUCGGAUUUUAUGACAUGUUUUCAAGAAAUCGUAUUACUCCGUAAUUUUAUACCCUAUAUUAAUAUUAUUAAGAAAAAUUCGUUCAGAUUUUGAUAGUUCAUGUAAGCACGAGCAAUAUUCAUUAUAUAUACGAACGUACUAGCGUUUAUUAGAAAGUAGGUAUUUUUUAAAUAUACUGUUAGGUAUCAUUAUUUUUGUAUACCUUUUUAUACAAACGAAUUUUUAUAAAUAUUUACAUUUUAUGUACCAAAACUCAGUAGAUGUCUCGAAAAUUAUUUUCACUAUCCGUAUUCCCGAUCUACCAUCAAGCCACUGUGUUGGAGCAGUGGGCAGAAAAAGCUAUACACCAGUUUAAACAUUGAUAACUAUUUUAAUCAUUAUGA